AUGUCUCUCUACCAUGAGGCGGCGGAGAUAUUGACUUCUUCUUCGACAGAGGGCGGUAGCUUGAAGUCUCGGGUCUUCAAGAAGAAGAACAUCAAGUCGUCGCCGAACCAGCUCUACGCACUUGUCCUGGAGACGAGUAAAUGGAGCCCGGUCCUCAAGGAGGUUGUCGAAUCGGCAGAACUACUCAAGCAUGAGCGCAAGCUCACCCCUACGCUAUCCAUACUCUUGGUCCAUGAUUUGCUCCUAGCUAAGGGCGGCAUUGCUCUACCUCAAAGCCAUGGCCUUCGAGCCAGCAUUGAGAGACACAAAGGACGGUUGACGUCGGAGCUUACGAGGGCGAGAUUGCGCCGCAAAGCGGCAUCCCUGGAUGCUCUGAGGCAGCAAAUCGACAAGGCCAGCGCACCUGAAGAGGCCAACUACCCGCGGUGGGUGCGCAUCAAUGCGCUGAAAAGCAGCAUCGAGGACCAGCUGGAGACCACGUUUGCAAAAUACCACAGGGCCGUCAGCGUCCAGGAAGUCGUCAGCAAGCCGGGCAAACACCUUUACAUCGACCCGCAUGUGCCCAACCUGGUAGCGGUCACCUCGGGGACGGAUCUGACCAAGACUAAGGCGUAUUCAACCGGCGAGAUCAUCCUCCAGGACAAGGCAUCGUGCUUUCCGGCUUACCUGCUGGACCCUCGGUCUGAGGAUGGCGACGUGAUAGAUGCUUGUGCUGCGCCAGGCAACAAAACUACGCAUUUGGCCUCCAUCAUCCACGACCACAGACCCGAGUUUGAGUCUCCGCCACAGACGAUAUACGCAUUUGAGAAGGAUCCGAGGCGCGCGCAGACCCUGGAGAAAAUGGUCGGCAUUGCCGGCUCCAAGAAAAUGACCCGGAUUGCCCUUGGUCAAGACUUCUUGCAGGUCGACCCCAAUGCUGAGCGGUUCAACGAGGUUGGGGCCUUGCUUCUCGACCCGAGCUGCUCGGGAAGCGGCAUCGUGGGUCGAGAUUUCAUGCCAGAGCUGCACCUACCUGAGCUCCUAGCGUCACAGGGGAAGGGCAAAGCCAGUGGCAGCACGAGCAAGGGGAAGAGAAAACACGACCAAAUGGCCGAGCAGUCCCAGAACAUUAUUCGCGACGACGACGGAAACGAGGUGUUACUCAAGUCCGAGAAAGACAUGGAAGCGCGGCUCCAGUCGCUGUCAUCUUUCCAGCUGACGCUGCUACUGCACGCUUUCCGGUUCCCCGGGGCGAGAAAGGUUACGUACUCGACAUGCUCGGUUCACUCGCAGGAGAACGAGAAUGUUGUGAUGAAGGCUCUCGGAUCUGACAUUGCCCGGGAACGGGGUUGGCGAAUCCUGCCCCGAGAAAGCCAGGUCACGGGCAUGAAGGACUGGCCGGUGCGAGGCCUGGUCGAAGCGUGCGAGGGCGACAAAGUGAUUGCUGACGGAUGCAUCCGGUCGUACAAGGAUGAUGGCCGCGGCGUCAUGGGCUUCUUCGUCGCAGGAUUCGUCCGAGAGGGCGCCGACACGUUGGAUCCGGCGGGCGGUGCCGAGCAAGAUGGGCCGUAUCUGCGCGACGAGGACGGUCGGAUCAUACGAGAUGUGCUCGGAAUGCCCGUAUCAAAGGCCACGGGCGAGCCAAUCUCUCUCGUGGCGCGAGAUGAGGCUGGCAGGGAUAAUGCGCAGACGCAGAGCGAUGGAGCCAGCGAGGAGUCCGCCGAGAGCUCGUCCGGAGGUUCGAGCGAUGACAAGGGGCAGGCUAGCGACGACGACACGGAUGAAUGGGAGGGUCUCGGGGACUAG